GUGAACCCAGACUGGAGCAAGUACGAUGACAGGUUGAUGAAGGCAGCUGAGAGGGGCGAUGUGGAGAAGGUUUCAUCCAUCCUGUCCAAGAAGGGGGUCAGUCCCACCAAGCUGGACGUGGAAGGGAGAUCUGCAUUCCAUGUUGUAGCAUCAAAGGGAAACCUGGAUUGCUUGAACACCAUCCUGGUGCACGGCGUUGAUAUCACAGCCACUGAUGCUGCAGGCAGAAACGCCCUGCACUUGGCUGCCAAGUAUGGCCAUGCUUUGUGCUUGCAGAAGCUCCUGCAGUACAAUUGUCCGACAGAGAAUGUGGAUCUCCAGGGAAGAACUGCUCUUCAUGAUGCAGGACUGCCCUAAUGUUAGGCUGUGAAUAUGGCUGCAAGGAUGCCGUGGAGGUGUUGCUCAGGAAUGGUGCUGAUGUUGGUUUGACUGAUGGCCUUGGCCAUGACUGUGCUUACUAUGCCAGGAUUGGGGACAAUAUUGACAUUUUGGCUUUAAUAAAAGCUGCCGUUGAGGACUCCAGCAGAGGAAGAGACAGCAUCAAGAGAGGGCAGGCUGAGCAAAAGGUCUGCAGCGUGUCCCAGAAGUGGGGCCGGGGCUAUGGAGCACAGGAGGGACCUGGAGCUGGAAAACCAAGAUUUGAAGGAUCGAAUGAGGGAGGUGCAGGAGGAGCAGAGGAUGCUGCUGGACAGAAUCAGUGGGCUACAGCUGCAGCUCACUGAGGAGCAAAUGUUUGCAGAUGAUCUUGAGAAUGAGAAAGAUGAGUUGAAGAAAAUCCUGACUACCAAGGAAAAGCAGCAGGAAGAAAGUUUAAGGACUAUUGAAGCUCUCAAAGCUAAACUCAAGUAUUAUGAAGGCGACUCUGCGGGGUCUGGAGGUAACUUUGGAAACAGAAAAGAAGAUUUAUUACUUAAACAAGGCCAAGCAUUUGCAGUGGAAUCCCAGUCCCGGUCCAUGCUGAGGCCCCUGGAGCUGUCGCUGCCCGCCCAGUCGCCCAGCUCCGAGAAGGAGGCUUUGAAGAAGGAGCUGGAGAGCCUGAGGAGCAGCUUUGGAGCAGCCAAGGAGGAGAUCAGCAAGCUGCAGAGGGAGCUGGCCCUGAAGGGCGCCGAGUGCAGGGCCCUGGUGUCAGAGUGCGAGAGGAGCAAGGCAGAGUCUGACAGGCAGGUCAGGCAGCUGGAGGACGCCCUGAAGGACGUGCAGAAGAGGAUGUUCGACUCCGAGGGCAAGGUGAAGCAGAUGCAGAGCCACUUCCUGGCCCUCAAGGAGCACCUGGCCAGCGAGGUGGCCUCGGGGAGCGGCAAGGCGACGGAGGAGCUGAAGGAGCAGCUCAAGGAGAUGAAGGCCAAGUACGAGGGAGCCUCUGCCGAGGUGGGGAAACUGAGGAACCAGAUCAAGCAGAACGAGCUGCUGGUGGCAGAGUUCCGGAGGGACGAGGGCAGGCUGGUGGAGGAAAACAAAAGGUUGCAGAAGGAGCUGGUGAAGGUGGAGAUGGAGCGAGAUGAAAGGGGCAGGAACGUCACGGAGUUGGAAGGGCAGCUCAGAGAGACGGCGGCCAAGCUGGCCCAGUCCGUGAGUGCGGAGCAGUUUGAGAAGGUGAAGGGUUUGCUGUCAAACGAGGUGAAGGAGAAGGCAAGGAGGUUAGCAGAGGUGGAGGGGGAGCAGGAGAAGCUGCAGGCAGAGCUGGUGCUGUUACAGAGGGAGUCUGAGAGCCAGAGAGCUCAGCUGGCACAGCGUGUGAAGGCAGAGGAGCACGAGCAGAUGAGGAGUGGGUUUGAGCAGAGGGAAGAGGAGCUGGGGAAGGCAAUUUCUGAGCUAUCACAGAAGAAUGAGACUCUGCAGAAGGAACUUGAAAGAUUGCAGGCUGAUAACAAGGUGCUGAAGCAGCAAGUCCAAAUGCUAAAAACUGAAAUUAAAAGCCAGAAUGUGCCUUUAAAAAUUCAUGAGGAGUUGAAGAAAGCAAACGAUCUGGCUGUGGGUGACCUGACAAAAAAGCUUUUUGAAAUAACAAAGAAGUACAAUGAAAGCAAAGCAGAAGCUGAAAAGUUGCUGGCAGAGAAGAACAACUUAAAUGAGAAUAUCAGCCACUUGCAAGCUGUGUACCUGUCUCUGGAGCAGCACAAGAAAGAGCUGGAAGCUUUAAAAUCUAAUGGGAUUGAGCUUGAGAAGCAGCUUGCUGAGCUUCAGAAGAAAUAUGAUGAGGAGCAGGCAAAAGUGGGCAAGCUGGUGGCUGAGAACACGGGCCUGAGGGAGACCUUGAGGGAUCAGUACGUGCUGGCCACCACGCACGAGGAGGUUAAAACUGUCCUCAACAGCACCCUGGAAAAGACCAAUGGGGAGCUGUCAGACCUGAAGGGCAAAAUUGGAGAGAUAAAGCAGGAGUUCCUGAGGGUAAACGAAGAAAACGGAGCUUUAAAAAACAAGGUGAAACUCUUACAGAACCAAUUAAAAACGGAGUAUAUCAGUUUAAAGGAUCACGAGGCCAUGGUAAAUACUUUAAAUAAAAGCGUGCAAGAGCUGCAGGAGAGCAACGCUGCCGUUAAGGCUGAGCACCAGAGGGGGCAGGAUGAAAUCUUACAGUUGCACGCAGAAAUUGAAGCCCAGAAGAAGGAGCUGGACACAAUCCAAGAGUGCAUCAAGUCCAAGUACGCCCCGGUGGCCUCCUUUGAGGACAGGGAGCAGAGCCUGCAGGGCACGGUGAAGGAGCUGCGGGCACAGCUGCAGGAGCAGCAGCAGAGGUGCAGGGGCAGCGAGCAGGAGGCGCAGAGGUGCAGAGAGGAGAGCGAGCAGCUCCGCAGCGGGCUCCUGUCCAUCCAGCACGACCUGCAGCACAACUACGUGCUGGCAGAGAAGUCCCACCAGCUGGAGAGGCUGUGUGCCAGCAGCAUGGAGGAGCUGAGGCAGCAGCUGAGGGCCCUGCUGAGGAAGCACACGGGGCAGGAGGGGCAGCAGGAGGGAGCCGUGGAUCGCGAGGUGCCGGCGGAGCGGCUGCAGGCGCUGAGGGAGGCUCUGGGCCGCACCGUGGAGGAGCUGCAGCAGGCCCUGAGCAGCAAGGAGGAGCGGUACCACAAGGAAACGCUCAGAGUCGGGGAGCUGCAGCAGGAGCUGGCCCGGCUGAAGGAGUCCUCGGUGCCCCUGGUGGAGUACACCCAGCUGAAGGAAGGGCUGGAGGGAGAAAUGGCGGCCAUCAAGCGCGGCCUGGAGGAAAAGGAGGCGGAAACGCAGGCCAAGAGCCAGGAGGUGCUGAGGCUGCAGGAGGAGCUGCGGCAGAGCCAGCAGGCCCUGGCAGAGCUGCAGAGCCAGGAGGUGGUGGCCGUGGCAGAGUACAGCUCCAUGAAGGCUGCCCUGGAGGCCCAGGUGAGCAGCAUGGCCGGCCACCUGGCCAGCAUGAGCCACAAGUACGAGCAGGCCUGCGAGGAGGCCCUGCAGGCCAGGAGGAGCGAGCUGUCCCUCAAGGACGAGAAGGAGCUGCUCCAGCUCAGGAGCUGCAGCAUCGAGCAGGAGAUCAAGGACCAGAAGGAGAGGUGUGACAAGUCACUGACGACCAUCAUCGACCUGCAGAAGAGGAUCCAGGAGUCUGCAAAGCAGGUGGAAGCCAAGGACAACAAGAUAACAGAGCUGCUGAACGACGUGGAGCGGUUAAAGCAGGCUCUCAACGGCUUGUCCCAGCUGACAUACACCACUGGGAUCCCCUCCAAGAGGCACAACCAGCAGGUGGAACUGCUCCAGAGCCAAGUGAAAACACUCCAGCAGCAGCUGGCUGACGCCGCGCGGCAGCACCAGGAGGUGGUGGCAGUGUACAGGACACACCUGCUCAGCGCUGUGCAGGGUCACAUGGAUGAAGAUGUGCAGGCUGCCCUGCUGCAGAUCAUCCGCAUGAGGCAGGGCCUGGUGUGCUGAGUGCUGCUGGGGCUGGGC